AUGAGGACAAAACGGUCUUCAAGUCAUGCGAAGAAGAAAGCUGAAGAAGACCUUGCAGUACCGCCUGGAUUUGUUUCUCUCACAUCUUUUACAUUGAAAAGGAAGUUUAUGGGUCGGAAGGCUGACGAUCUUAUGGCUGUAGAUAAAAAAUCGAGAGCAGGUUCAGUAGAUACUCCUCUUAGAAAUAUCGAAAUCGAAAAAUUCAAAGCCUCAUUCAGGCAGAGACCAUGGAUCUGUUACGACCAGUUUAAAAACUUUCAAGAAACUGAUAGGAAUGAUGUGAGUUCUCCUCCGCAGAAAGAUUCAGUUAGUGUUCGUCUUCCAGAAGGGACUAUUUGGGGAUGUGCAAAUUGUCAUGACUGCGUGAAGGUCACUGCUCGGUGGCAACGCAACGAGUCAUCUUUGCCUUCACUCAGUGAUGCUCCAAUUUUCUACCCAACUCGAGAGGAAUUCAAGGACACUCUCAAAUACAUAGCCAAAAUUCGCCCAACGGCGGAGAAUUACGGGGUAUGCCGAAUUGUUCCUCCUCCUUCUUCCCUUCUCGAAGAAACUAAAACGUGGUGUGGCUCGAAAUUCACCACUCAUUUUCAGAAAAUCGAUGGGCUCCAGAAUCUGUAUGCGAAUAAAAAACUAUCUGAAUUCGAACAAGGGCCUGAGUUCACCCUGGAAAGCUUUAAAAAGUGUGCCAAUGAUUUCAAAGCUCAGUAUUUCCGUAAAUAUGGCAAGGGCCCGCUGGUUUCUGCAAUAAUCGAAGGCGAAUAUUGGCGAAUAAUUGAGAAGCCAAAUGUAGAAGUAAAGGUGCUCUGUGGUGAGUUUUCGAGCUCAACCAAUACAACUAAAGAAGUGGCUAAAUAUGAUGAAUAUGAGAAGUCUGAGUGGAACUUGAAUAAUAUCCCAAAGCUCCCAGGUUCUCUUCUUCCAUUCGGAUGCUACAAAACUUCUUCUGCAGUUUUAGUUCCUCAAUUAUUCAUUGGGAUGUGCUUUGCAUCACAAUGUUGGAGGACUGAAGAUCACCACUUGUAUUCGAUAUCAUAUUUGCACUCGGGUGAACCUAAAGUAUGUUACGGCAUCCCAUUCGAAUACACCUUCAAGUUUGUCGAAGUUUUGAAAAAGCUACACCCGGAGCUCGCAAAACAUCCCGAUUUUCCCCACAAGCUCGUCCCUCAACUCCCACUAUCAGUGCUAGUGUCCGAAGGCAUACCUGUGUACCAUUGUGUACAAAAUCCCAUGGAAUUCGUUGUUACUUUCCCUGGAGCUUUCCACACAGAAUUUAGUUGCGGCUUUAAUUUAGCCGAGACGGUUCGUUUUGCUCCUUUUGACUGGUUACCACAUGGUCUGAAAAUUGUCGAACUUUAUGCCGGAAAAUGUUUCAAGACUUCAAUCUCUCAAGACAAGUUGUUGAUAGGAGCAGCGAAAGAAGCUGUGAACGCCCAAUGGGAAUCUUUUGCACUGAAGAACAAAACCGUACAAAAUCAAAUGUGGAUUAGUGCCAGUGGGAAGAAUGGAAUCUUAACAAAUGCCGUUAAGGAGCGCGUUAGAGACGAACGUGUAAGGUGGAAAUACCUAUGCAAUAUGGCCCAAUCGAGUGCAUUCGAUGGACUCGACGCCACCUCUAAAGUCGAUUGUACCAUAUGCUCAUACGACUUGUACCUCUCGGCCGUAAAGUGUUCGUGUUGCCCGAACAAAUAUGCGUGCCUUCGCCACUCGAAGCAGCUCUGCUCAUGUCCUUGGACUUCCAAGCGCUUCUUCUUCAGGUACGAAAUUGCCGAAUUGGACCUCCUUGUCGAGGCCCUAGAAGGAAACUUGAAAGCAAUCCAUAGCUGGGUCAAGCAGAAGGCCCAGCCCGAUUCUGGCAUUAAAAUUUCAGAAAAUGCCCGACCUAAUUUCGAAAAACAAAAUGAGGUAAUUUUAAAAUCGCAAGCUCAAAAUGCGUUCGUUCUCCUUAGUGAUGACGAGGAUGCACCAUCUUGA